UGCAGAUGACACACAAAAACCAGAAGAGCACCGGUGUAGGAGGUCUGUGAGGUCUUGAGCCACCACUCCUGCCUUGCCCUUGCGGACUGUGUGUCUGGAAAGAAGUAACACCAGCAGCUGUGACUUCGGCAGACCUUCAGGAAAGAUGCAGCCACUCCUGCUUUUGUUAGUGUUUCUUCUGCCUCCUGAGGCUGGGACAGAGGACAUCAUCGGAGGACAGGAGGCCAAGCCCCACUCCCGCCCCUACAUGGUGUUUGUUCAGUUUCUGCGGGGGAACAAAAUGAAGAGGUGUGGCGGUGUCCUCGUGCAAGAGGACUUUGUUCUGACUGCUGCUCACUGCCGGGGAAGAUUAAUCAAUGUCAUUCUUGGAGCCCACAACAUCCGGAAGCAGGAGAAGACCCAGCAAGUCAUCACUGUGAGACAAGCCAUCCGCCACCCAGACUAUAAACGUAAGGAGUUCUCCAAUGACAUCAUGUUACUAAAGCUGGAGAGAGAGGCCAAGCUGACUGCAGCUGUGAGGACCCUCAGCCUGCCCUGGGGCACAGCCCAGGUGAGGCCCGGAGAGCUGUGCAGUGUGGCCGGCUGGGGGAGAGUCACCCCAAAUGGCAGAGUGUCAAACACUCUGCAGGAGGUGGAGCUGACCGUGCAGCAGGACCGGUUGUGCGAAUCCUACUUACGCAAUUACAACAGUAACACGCAGUUGUGCGUGGGGGACCCAAAGGAAGAGAAGUCUUCCUUUAAGGGGGACUCCGGGGGCCCUCUUGUGUGUGAGAAUGUGAUCCAAGGCCUUGUCUCCUAUGGACGAAGAGACGGGACUCCUCCACAGGCCUUCACGAAAGUCUCGAGUUUCCUGCCCUGGAUAAAGGAAACCAUGAAAAAGCUCUAAAUCUGGGAACCAGCCAAUCUUCUCUGGAGCUGAUCCAGAAACACCCAGAAACUAAAUAAAUGUCUCUGAGCUGAGCA